AUGGCUAAGAAGGUCGACCCUCAGUCGGCUAUUAAGAAGCAGCAACUUGGGGCGAAGAAUUUGAAGGCCAUGGGCAUCGAGCUAAUUAAGGUGAACACUGCUAAUGGCACUCAGCCUCACCCUGCUCGUCCCGGCCUCGUCAAAGGCAAGAAAAACCCCGAACCCGACCCGCCCGCCCGGUUCUCGACAUCACUUAGCAUUGGACAACCAGCACCUCAGCUACCCGUCAAGUUCGCUACGUCUUUGCAGUAUAGGCCAGUCCCAAUUGACAGCGGCAUUCCGGCGGCAUUCCAGAACAGCCUGUCUUCGGGCACAACUCCACAGCCUGCGAGAUCAUCGGAGCAGAGCUCUGCGCCGCAGCCUCCCCCAGCCUUCGCGACUCAGGCUCUGCGCCGCCGCUCAGCGGGAGCAGGUACCGUACGCAGACCUUCUCGUCUGAGUCAAACUGUCGUGCUGUCGUCCGAGCCUUCAGCGGAGGCGAACGACGACGACGACGAUGACGACGAAGAGAGCGGUGAUGCUGAGGAUGACGAAGACAACGAUGUCUUCGCACCAUAG